GAGUCAACAGGAUUACUUCAAAGGCUGGUAACGUUUGGGGAAACGGCAGAAAAGUCUUUGAAAGCCAGGAGCCCGGCGGAGGGAGCAGGAGACGCCGGUGCACAGCAGACGAGCCGCACGCCGACACCGCGACGUCCAGCACCGUUUCCCCGGGUUGAUGCGUUUGAUGCGCCGGCCUGCAUCGCCGAGGGAGACGCCGCGGAGCUCCAUCAUCUGAAAGACCUGCAUCGCACCAUCGGAGACAGAAAAACCUUUUUGUGUGAAGAGGGAAGGUCAUGGCGACCGUGGAGGCCCCGCCGGCUCCCGUGCCCCUGACGGCGCUGUCCCGCUGGUACCUCUACGCCAUCCACGGCUACUUCUGCGAGGUCAUGUUCACGGCCGCCUGGGAGUUCGCGGUGAACCGUAACUGGAAGUUCCCCGGCGUGACCAGCGUGUGGGCGCUCUUCAUCUACGGCACGUGCAUCCUCACCGUGGAGCGGAUGUACCUGAAGCUGCGCGGCCGCUGCCGCGUGCUCCCGCGCUGCCUCAUCUACACCCUGUGGACGUACCUGUGGGAGUUCGGCACGGGGCUGCUGCUGCGCCAGUUCGACGCCUGCCCCUGGGACUACUCCCAGUUCCGCUACAACUUCAUGGGACUGAUCACGGCCGAGUACGCCGUGCCCUGGUUCUGCGCCUCCUUCAUCGUGGAGCGCUGGGUCAUCCGCAAAACGCUGCGGCUUCGGUUCCACGCGGGGCCCGAGGACGGCUGGUCGAGCCGCCGGUCGGACGCCGCGGGAGGAGGGAGGGGAAGUGACGCCAACGGCUACCUUAAAGGGGAAUGAAGGAAGGAAGGAAAGAAGGAGGGAAGGAAGGAAGGAAGGAAGAACACCAUGGAGCAGUCCCUCCCCCAGGUGCACCAAAACAUCCGAACAGCCGUGAAAACAAACUCAACGGAGGCUUCAAAACGGCCAAAUCGCUCACUGUGCUCCGGGAGCGUCGACAGAGGCCCAAUAUGCAUCCCAUAACGCAGCCAGAUCUGAACUCUUGACUCGGAUUACACUUUCAAUACCUCCCCCCCGCCCCCCCCCAUCUGCGAAGACCUCCGAAUAACAAAAGUUGGUGUUAUCAUCCCGUGAAGGAACAAAUCCAAGAACAAUAUGUCUGUUUUUCAAGGGCGGACGUCUGAAAGCAGAAAUCCUCAGAAAAAGUAGCUGCAAAAAAAAAAAAAAAAAAGAAAGAAAGAACCCAUUAGUACUGUAGUAAUGUAGCCACACACUGUUCUUUAGGAACACACACACACACUGUUCUUUAGGAACGAGACACAUCGAGGUCAGAGUACAUCCUGAGGAAUGUUUUUAGUGAAUACCCACAAUGCCUGGAAAAAAAAGCAUGAAAAAAAAAAUUAAAAGUCGUCUUCCAAUAUGAUAUACAUUUAUAUAAAGCUCAUUCAGCAGUCACACAGUAUGUCAAACUGCUGUUUGUGUGUGUGUGUGUGUGUGUGUGUGCGGGGGGGUGGACAAUAGCUCAUAUCACGGUCGUCUCCUCACAGCAUGUUGAAGUGUCCUUUAGCAAGGCACCGACCUCCAGACUGCUGAGCCGGUUCACGGCCUUGCAUGGCGGCUUCUCCACCGUCCCCGUGUGUGUGUGUGUGUGUGUGCGUGUGCAUGUGUGUGUAGUCUAAUGUGAGGUGUGUUUAAGGAGCUAAAUACAUGCAGUCCAUUUGCCAUAAUAUCAGGGUCUCUUCUCUGUUGGCAGCAUGAAGCAUCUUCGCGUCUGGACGUCCAUUUAGUUUUUUCUGUAACGUCGUCUUCGCUCCUGACGACCCUGUUUUCUUUCUCUCCUCUCUCCUCAUGCACGAUCAAAAAGUAGCAACACGACAUUGAGCGACGCGGAAUUACAAAACGUGCAGGUGUCGGGUUUCUUGACUUGAAAAUACGUUUUAACAUAAUUAAAAGGAACACUUCUCCUGACACGAGUUUCGGACUUUGCUGCUCAUUUUCUUUUCACCGUUGAUGAUUUGUGAUUCACAACAUUUGUUUUGGGUUUCCUCUGUGAAUAUGACCUCUGUGAUAUUUGACUGACACCUGACACACUCCUCACGUUUAACUGUAACAGUUCAGGUAGUAUUAGAUUACGUUUUUUUAAAAAAAUGGUCCUUUAACUCCAUGCAGGUGAUAACGUGUAAUGCAAAUAAGGCUCAUUUCCUUUUGUUGUUGUUGGUUCUGAUGUUGAUCCUCAGACUUCCUCCGCUGUGUGAGUAGAACGAUGCAUUCAGGGGCCGAUAAAAUCGCUGGUGCUACUGGAUCGAGCUUGAAAGCCGGUCGGAGACGUGCCUCUUUACAGGGAAUGAGUCCAAGGUACCAGAAGGGAAAUGGAAACAUGGGCUGAUUCCCCCCCCAACAACAACAACAACAACAACAAACAUCCAAAUCCAUGUUUCCACAACACUACUGGACUAUGUAAAGGUGUGACAUUCAGUGUUCCCCUGCAAGUCCAGAGGGUGGACGUCAGAAAGCUGUUCCACAGAUGAACUGCUGCCACCCAGUGGACACAUUUGGAAACUGCAUCUGGAAAACAAAUAUUUUGUUAUGCUUGGACAACAAAUAAGACGGCACAAAAGGUCAAGAAUCCUUUUUUUUUUAGGAUGAAAUUCAGAAGGAUUUAAAUGUUUUUAUUAUCGUGUUUUUAUUUCACACAUGAAUCAACAGGCUUCAAAGCAAUAGUCGCUUCUGACCCAGCAAUGAUUAUCAAGCUCAAGGCCGUUAACUCUCUUUAAAAAUCUAAUAAACUAUAUUAUGAG